AGCCUACAUACGGGACUUCCGUCUAGAGUGGUGUCAGCCUUUGACACACCACAUGCCGCCGGCCGCCAAAACACAUAGUUGCCCGACAGAGACGCAGCGCCAUCUUGGUCCCCACACCAGUUUGCUCUGUGCUUGCCGCCGUGAGCCGUGCAGCGGAAUCGCGUUUAAUCCUCGUCUAGGCAGCGUCGAAGGCUGUGGAAACGUGUUAAAUGCGGUCAGCGAAGCCUGAGGAGCAAAAAUGCCUGGUUGUUGCGUACCUCUGUGCACUAACCACUGCAGGAAGGGCGUGCGAAUGUUUCGCUUCCCAACCAGCCCGAGCCGAAGAAAACGCUGGCUCGCGCAAGUGAAGCGAGACUGCUGGGAGCCCACCACAGCUUCACGUGUUUGCUAUGCUCAUUUCGAAGAUUCAAGCUUCGAACAGAAAAGGCAAGAUGGCUUGAAGAAAUUGAGGCCAGAUGCCGUUCCAACAGUUUUUGCUUUUCGAGCCGCCCCCAAACAUCGGAAGCCACCAAAGAAGCGCAGCUGUCCUGUGCAGCCUUCCUGCGAUGCCACCCCUGCAACUUCCCCGGAGCCACACCAGCCUUUAGAUAGCGAUUCGACUAAGAUGGAUGACAGUGCUCCAGUGCCAACCUUAGUUGUAGAAGAAGAAUCUUGUCAUGCCGGAAAUGAAAACGCUCAUGAAUUGACAUCUGCGAUGGCACCGUGCUUGUUCCCACAGCACCCCAAAGGCAUUCCUGUUCCAAACAGCACGAACAGUGUUGGUCAGUCACGCGAUGUCAGCGCCACACAUCAACCAUUUGGAGGCAAUGCAGGCUCAUCUUCGGUGACCAUCGGGCAAGAAAAUGCAGAGUUACGCAAGAAAACUAGUGAUCUCACUCGCAAGUACAUAAACUUGCAGAGGGUUCACGAUAAAACAAGGUUGAAGCUACAGAGCCUGAGAAAAAAAGUGUCCUCACUUGAAAAAGAAGUGUGCGCACUGAAAUCGGCAUCAUUUCUCAAUGAAGACCAAGUGAAAUCUUUGACAAUGAAGACAACGAAGGGCCAUAAGUGGUCUGAAAAGACCAUACGAGUGGCACUUCAGAUAAAACAUGCGUGUGGCACAACAGGCUACGAAAUGCUGAGAUCUUUGUCGUACCCGAUUCCGAGCAACAGGACCUUGAUCCGAAGGCUUCAAAACAUUCGCUUCCUGCCUGGCAUUCUCCAUGAAGUGUUUAAUGUUUUAAAGCACAAGGUAGAGGCAAUGGAAGAUAUUGAAAAGGACUGUGUCCUUUUCAUGGACGAGAUGGAGAUAAGUCAGGGCUUUGAUCACGAUCGGUCCCUUGAUUGCCUUUUCGGUGGCACUACAUUGCCUGAAGCGACUGCAGAUGUUGCUAACCACGCCCUUGUAUUCAUGGUUGGAGGACUGAACACACGGUGGAAACAAGUAAUUGCAUAUCAUUUCACUGCACGCUCAGUUGAUGGGAAAGCUCUGAAGGACCUCGUCUUCAAUUUGAUUGAACUUUGUUUCAACAUCACACUAAGAGUGCUUGUUGUUACAAGUGAUAUGGGAGCUGCCAACCGUGCAGUCUGGCGCCUUCUUGGCUUCUCAAGCCAUAGGCACUCUGAGACUGUGUGCUCUGUUUCACACCCACACCUUGAAGGUAGGCAGCUAUAUUUUAUGGCUGAUCCAGCCCACGUCCUGAAGAAUAUUCGUGCUCAACUGCUCCGUGUGAAGACAUUCACUCUAGGAGAAGCAACUAUACGUGAGCACAAGCUUACAGCAGGAACUGUGAACAUAGACCAUGUCGAAGCUGUUCUCACACAUGACAGAGACAAGGAGCUCAAGAUUGCCAGCAGGCUCUCCGACGUCCACAUCAGCCUUGGACACUUCACGACAAUGAAAGUGAACAUUGCUGUUCAAAUGUUCCGUGAGGCUCCACCGGCUAUACGUUAUCUGAUUAAGCAAGGAAUCUUACCUCCUGAAGCGGAGGCGACGGCGUGGUUUUUUGAACUUGUCAGUAGGUGGUACACCUUGAUGUCGUCACGGCAUCCAGUUGUUGCUUUGAGCAAUUUCGAUCUUUCCAAACACAAGGAAGCAACUGAACUCCUUGGACUAGCUUGUGCCACCUUCUGUGGACUAAAUAUGGGACUUACUGCACACUGGAAGCCGUCACAAGCUGGCCUUUUGGUGUCAACUACUGUUGUCCUGCGUCUUUCUCAUGAGCUUCUGAACAAGCUCAAUUACAAGUACUUGCUAACUGGUAGAUUGUCACAGGAUUGUCUCGAAAACAUCUUUUCUGUAUUGAGGCUCAGAAAACCUGUGCCGAGCGCAUAUGAUGUCAAGUGUGCCUUAAAGCUUAUCUGCGUUGGCCAGUUUGUAAACACACCGACAUCAUCUAGCUAUGGUGUUGAUGACAGCACGCACCUGGCUGACCUUCUUGACCCCAGUUUCAAACAGGAUCAAGUGGAAGGUCAGGAGCCCGAGGAGCUUGAGAACUUGUUUGUUUAUGCACUUACCACAGAAGAGUGCGAUAUCCUUGCCUACUUGGGAGGCUUUUUGCUGAAGUCAGUCAUCGGUUUUCUUGGAGAGUGCAAAGACUGUGAAAGAGCCCUGGUUGGUGAUGCAACAGGCCAGUACAAUGCUCUUAUACAGCUGAAAGAGUAUGUCAAGAAUAGCGGAAAGCUCAUCCAGCCAAGCCAAACAGUGAUGCAAGUUUUAAUCGAAUGUGAGGAAAACUUUAAGACUUUCGCAAACAUGAAUGAGAUCCUGACUCUCAAAGCUCCAUUUACAGGUAUCCUGAGUGCCUUGCGGAAGUCUGUGGCUAUGAGAUUAGGGUGUUGUGAUGCGCAUGAAUCAAGGGCAUGCAAAAUGCUCCUUGAGAAGUAUGUGAGGACAAGACUUAAGAUUCAUCUCCGACAGCAGCAUGCGCAGAGGGUGAACGGACAGUCCAGCAAAACCUGUGCCGCUGCUAAUCUUAUCUGAGCCGUGUGUGGCGUCUCAGUGGUUAAUUUAAUGCUGCUGUGGUUGUGUGAUGUGUUUGCAGAAGUGUUUGACGUGUGCCUCUGGAUGUCUUUUUAACGCCUCGAGCAGGUGGGGCAUUCACUAAAAUGUUUCGCACCAAAGCUCUUUGUUCAUUGCUUAGUGUACUGAAAAACAGCAUGCUUCCAUGCGUUCUAGCUGCUAAUAUUGACUUUACCUGAAUGCAGCAUCACUAGUAUCAGAUUAACUUUCUUUAAUGCUUGUCUUUUUCGUAUGGCUGUAACAUAUUUUGUUGACAGAUAUCAUUGGCAGUCUUGAUUUCAGUGAUGUGUUGUAUCCUGCGACUGCACAUUUGUGCUGAGAAAAUAUGUGAGAAUACUUCGAAGGCGUAUUGCUAUUGCAUAAUCAGAAAGUGACUAUGUGCACCAGAAUUUAAUGGCGCAAG